UUUGAAUAACGGAAUAAUCAUUAUGGGACUCCUCGAUAAGCUGUCCAGCUUGCUUGGCCUGAAGAAGAAAGAGGUUCAUGUUUUGUGCCUGGGGUUAGAUAACAGCGGCAAAACUACUAUUAUUAACAAACUUAAACCAUCUCAUGCUCAAACCCAAGACAUAGUUCCUACAAUAGGAUUCAGUAUAGAGAAAUUCAAGACAUCCAGUUUGUCUUUCACGGUGUUUGACAUGUCAGGUCAGGGAAGAUACAGAAAUCUUUGGGAACACUAUUACAAGGAAGGCCAGGCUAUUAUUUUUGUCAUCGAUAGCAGUGAUAAAUUAAGAAUGGUGGUGGCCAGAGAAGAACUUGAAACUCUUUUGAAUCAUCCAGAUAUUAAGCAUCGUCGAAUACCUAUUUUAUUUUUUGCCAAUAAGAUGGAUCUCAGAGAUGCCUUAACGUCUGUAAAAGUGUCUCAGUUGUUGUCUUUGGAAAGCAUUAAAGAUAAACCCUGGCAUAUUUGUGCAAGUGAUGCCAUUAAAGGAGAAGGACUACAGGAAGGAGUAGACUGGCUCCAAGAUCAGAUUCAAGCAGUGAAGACAUGAAAGCCCAGUGAUGGUGAGAAGUUCAUGAACUUAAGUGAUUGUUUCAUUCUAAAAGUAUCUAUUCCUUGAAGAGGAAUGAAUGCUAUAAUUCAUUAAAAAAACACAACCUUUAAAACCCAGUUCAAUCUCCCGUUUGCUUCCACCAGCUCAGAAAGAGUAAACUCUUAGGAACGUAGCAUUUCAGGCAUGCUAAUUCAGUUCCUGAACUAGAUCCAGAUCAUUCCUUUCCUCAGAAGAGACAGGUUGCCAUUCAUUCUAUGGUUAAAUGUCUGCAUUCAUUUUUUAAAAGUUUUCCUGCGUGAAACUCAGCACGUAGACCAGGAAAAUCAUAUUUUAUCUUUUAUGUAUUUUCUAUUUAUCCCUUUAAAAUAUUGUGAAUAUUUAAUAGCGUGUUGUCUCAACUUUUUAAAAACUUGGUGCAUUAUAGAAGUUUUAAGUGUGGGUUAUGUUUUGAAAAAUGACUGCAGAUGCUUCUAAGGAGCUGCUGUGUAUUUGCUAUGUAAUUAAAAUGUUGCUAUCUGUGAUGCGUUAAACUCAAUAAAAUUAAAUGGAACACA